UUGUCUAUGUACAGGCUUCGCAACCGUCGUCUCUUCGUCUCCUGUCAGUGUGUCUUGGCUACGGCGUGACCGCGUCCUCCCGUUUACCUCGCGUUAAUUUCGAGUACUGUCUCGUUUCCGAAGUCCGUCGAUUUUUCACACGUAUUUUUUUUCCGCUUUCGGUUGUCUCCUGCUGUUAUCUCGCAAGGUUUUUUUUUUAUCAAACAAAUCGGACGAGUCCGUGUCACAAGAAAGAACACGUACCUUUCUUACGCGCGCACUCUCUUUGGAGCGAAACGAGACGCGCGUUUGCGAUAGAUGGUUUUUUUCCGCGUAACCCCGUUAGCAUAUAUAUUCGGAAGCCCAGCGAGAAAACACGUGUUUGUGUUGAUAACGACCGCGCGACGGUGUUGCUGAGAGAAGAAUUCAAGAUUCGGCAUCUCUUACACGGCGAUCAUCGUAAAAACCAUCUCGGCGACGUAAGAGACAAUAGAAUUCGACGCUAGUUUUCGAUCUCCGACGUUUUUUAACGUCCGGAGAAAACGCGACGCGAUUUAUCGAUAAACAUCUGCGGAGUUCGCAGGAUCGACCGAUUUCGGCGGGACGGGUGAAACGAUCUUUGCAUGGGCAGUUGAGGCGCCCUGACGAAAACGGAGACGCGACGUCGGUAAUCUUUACAAGACUGGCAUCUCUACAGUCAACCCGUGACAAUCCGGCAUCUCGAUGGUGGAGUGUGCUAAUGUUAUAUAAUAGCAUGCAGUUCGCAUACCGAUACACGUGGAAUCGAGAGAUCAUCGUCAACUCCCAAAAGCUCGUCAAAAGACGCUGACUACCAGUCGAAUCUGUUGUGGUUGCACGUGGGAGGAGGAUCGCGCUAUUAUUCUCUCUCUUUUAUUUCUCUUCUCCCUCUUCUCAUUCUUCUUCGUCCUCGUGGCAAAUUUGCGACACGCUACAUCGGCGCUAUCGAGGGAACGAUCACAUUGGAAUCAUCGACCUCUCCCAAACAGCUACGUUUAAUACAAUCCGACUCGAUCCUCCCUCCUCCCGCCACACUAAAAAAGGAGGAAAACAUCGAGCCGCGAUAGACCAUGGCUACUCUAUGUUACAGCGAACCCUUCUCGGAUUGGCUGGAAGAAAAAAUUGACUUGCCCAUAUUUGAGCAACUUCCAGUUUCGGAGAGCAGCCCAGUUAAAGCUCCGCAACAGUUGAUAAUUUAUCCACCUGUUGUAAAGGGGCAACAACAACAACUGCAACAUCAACCGCAACAACAGCAGCAACAUCAUGAACCGCAACAACAGCAACAUCAACCGCAACAGCAGCAGCAGGAUGACACCCAGAUCCUCUUGCAAGAAUUCGAAACUGUUUUGGGAGAUGUCGAGGCUUGCCAUCAGAUCGUUCCACCGAUCAGCUCGUCGACGCUCACUCCUCCUCAAUCACCGCCGCAUAAAGCAAUUAAUGUUGAUACGCAAUUGCUGGUCACACUACAGCCUGUGCAGCCGUUAUUUACCAACACUCAAACUGAACCGAUUUAUAACAUGAUCGUUCCGACGACGGAAGAGUCGUUGUAUGCGAAUGACGCGCCGCGCGAAUGGAACACCGAAAACAUAUCGCUGAGUCCGUUCGGUGGGGAUGUUGUGAACGAUUUGGCAGUGGUGGAUGAAUACGUUCGCACGCAUGCUAAAGACUUGCCGUCACCCUCGAGCCCAUGUGUUAGCUCCGGCAGCAGUUGUAUCUCAACCGAGGAUUCCACCGACGAUCCCGAUUGGAGUCUCGAGUCCGAGAGAAAAAGUUUGAAACAAUCGGUUUACGAUUCUUCAAAGCAUCGCCACAAACCGUAUUCCCGGUCAUCUCUCGAGGACAAGAAAGUACGUAAGAAGGAACAAAAUAAAAACGCGGCUACGCGUUACAGACAAAAGAAGAAGCAAGAGAUCAAAGAGAUACAAGGAGAAGAACGCGAGCUUGCGGAUCAUAAUGAAAAACUAAAAACCCAAGUGAAAGAUCUUCAGCGCGAAAUCGGAUAUCUAAAAGGGUUGAUGAGAGAUCUGUUGAAGGCCAAAGGUCUUCUUAAGUAAAUCCAUUCGUCUGGAUCAGAAACUAUCAUCAUUCUUCUUCUAGUGUAUACUACUUCUUCGAUUUUACAUUAAAAUUUAUGUAAAAUCUCAAAUGUUUGUUUUUUUUUAAACACUAACUAUUUUACAACAAUUGUACUAAAAUGUAUAUCUAUAUAUUUUUCUUAUUUCUUAACAAUUACUUAAAUGUUAUUAAUUUUUAUUUUAUAUAUAUAUGUACAUGUACACACAUACUUACCCUUUAUCUGCUCUCGCAGCUUUUUAGGAACACUACAGACUUAUUGUUCUUAUAGUAGAAUGUAUACCAUCUCCUAAUCUAAUCUAGUUUUGUCAACAUCAGCGAGCGUGAUGUGUUAGAUAACGCGUGUAAAUUGUUGAGCACGCAAGUUUCCCAAGAUCUCCUACCGAGCAAAGGCUAUGCUGGUCGUGCGAAAUUCCACCAGUUAUCUAACAUAUCUCUCUCAGGUGCGAAUCUUUUCAUUCCGAUUAAUUUUUAUCCUUUCUUGCAUAAUAUUUUCGUAUGGAAAAAAUUUAUGUAGUAAACAAAAUAAACUGGUACUGGUUUACAGUAAACCAACGAGA